AUGGGUCAGCGGGUGAGGAUCACAACGAUCGUCGCGGUGAUACUGGGAGUAAGCUAUGGGGUGAAUUACGCUUGCUGUGCCAACAUCCUUUGCCUCAUGGGGAUUCCGAGCCCCAGCCAUCACAUCUGGAACCGUGCGCUGGUAAACGCUCUGGCAGCUAACGGUCACAACCUGACGGUUGUAUCGCCGGACAUCGAGCUGAAGCCGCACGUAAACGUGACGUACAUUCAUCUGGAGGAAACAUACAACGCGAUCCACGAGGGUUCGACGGCGAUCGACUUCUACGAGAUGGCGCAGGCGGGCGUGGUGGAUAGUUUGAAGAUAUUCUACAACUACGCUAUCUCGAUGUGCAUCGGGAUUCUCGGCUCGAAGGGCUACCGGACGAUCAUGAGCUACCCGAGUGAUUAUAAGUUUGAUCUGGUGCUGUACGACUUUACCUGCGGUCCGUGCUUACUCGCCGUGUACGACAAGUUUGGGCAGCCACCGAUGGUUGGUGUCACCGGGUUCAACACUCCACCCUACACGACCGAUCUGAUUGGCGGGCACAAGUAUUACGCAUACGUUCCGUACUACACCCUGGACUAUGACACCAACAUGAACUUUUUCCAGCGGUUCUACAAUGCGGUCAUCCAUUGGAUUGAUUAUUUCUACAGGAAUUACGUUUUUCUUCCCGAAACGGAUCGCCUCGUACGGGAGCACCAUCGGGCAACGGAUCUUCCAUACCUUGCCACCUUGGACCAGAAGAUGAUGCUCAUGCUAGUCAAUUCGCACCACUCCGUGGACUUCCCAGAACCGGUCCCGCAAAAUGUGAUUCAGGUCGGAGGCCUGCAAAUACUGCUCCCUAAACCACUGCCAGCCGACAUCGACCGGUUUAUACGGGCCGGCAAGAAAGGAUCGGUACUGUUCUCCCUCGGAACCAAUGUGCUAAGCAAGGACUUGGGCCCGGAACGUAUCCAGGCGCUUCUGCGCGCCUUCCAGCAGAUGCCGGCAUACAACUUUCUGUGGAAGUUCGAAACCGACCUACCGUACGAGCUGCCGUCGAACGUGAUGAUCAAGAAGUUUCUCCCCCAAAACGAUAUCCUGGCGCAUCCACACAUCAAGGGCUUUAUGACGCACGGGGGCUUGCUGAGCACACACGAGGCAACGUGGUACGGUGUGCCGAUGAUCGGCAUCCCCGUCAUCGCCGAUCAGUACCGAAAUCUUGCCAAAUCUAUCCGCGCUGGUGUUGCGGAAAAGGUGGACCUUUGGGAUAUGAGCACCGAGAAGAUCCGCAACACUGUGCUACAGGUACUGGAACAGCCCAGGUACCGGAAGGCUAUGGAGACCCGGUCGAACCUGUUCCGGGAUCAACCGGACACUCCGCUCGAACGUGGCGUAUGGUGGGUGGAGUGGGCCCUGCGCCACCCGAACGCAAAGUCCAUAAGAUCGCCCACCCUCGACCUGGGACCGUGGAGAAGCGAACUGUACGAUGUGAAGCUAUGUCUAGUGCUGGUGGUGCUGUUUAUUGCCUGUACCUUGAAGAAAAUACUCUGCACGCUUUUCACGAAAACGUCCAAACCGAAACAAACGAAGAAGAAAUCACAGUACUGCAUGAGAUGUGCAAAUAUUCUCUGUCUAACGCCCGUGCCGAGUCCAAGCCAUCACAUAUGGAACCGGGUGUGGAUAGAGGCGCUUGCUGCACGCGGCCAUAACCUGACCGUCGUUUCGGCCGAUGUGGAAAAAACCACGCACCCCAACGUAACCUACAUCCAUCUGGAGCAUGCCUAUUCGGACCUACACGACGAUCUCGAUCUGUUCGAGAUGGCAGGCAAUAGUGCGCUGCUCGGCAUCAAGGAUCUGUACGCUUGGGGUAUUGCCAUGUGCAAGGGAGUGCUGCGAUCGGAAGGGCUCCGGGCGAUUCGUUCCUAUCCGAACGAUUUCCGCUUCGAUCUGGUCAUUGCCGAUAUCACCUGUGGGCCGUGUUUGUUUCCGCUGAUCCACAAGUUCGGUUAUCCCCCGUUGAUCGCCGUUACGGCGUUCAACAAUCCACAGUUUACGAUCGAUUUCGUCGGCGGGCACAAACACUACGCGUACGUGCCGUUCUUUACGGUGAAUUACGAUUCGGACAUGGGGUUCCUGCAGCGGUUCCACAACUGGAUCUUGCACAACGUUGAUCAUAUAUACCGACAAAACGUGUUCGUACCUCAUGUAGAACGAAUGGUAAGGAACCACUUCCGCUACGAAGGGAUGCGAUCACUGGCGGAAAUCGAACACGGUACCUUUCUACUGCUGGCAAACUAUCACUAUUCUGUCGAUUUUGCCGAGUCAAUUCCACCGGCGCACAUUCCGGUCGGGGGGCUUCAGAUACGACCACCCAAGCCCUUGCCCGACGAUCUCGCUCAAUUCCUUGCGUCCGGCCGAGAAGGUUCGGUUUUGUUUUCCCUCGGUACCAACGUGCUCAGUGCGGAUCUGGGCGAAGAGCGCAUCCAAAUGUUCCUCGAUGCAUUCCGGCAGCUACCGCAGUAUAAUUUUUUGUGGAAAUUUGAAGCCACACCUAAUUUUCCCGUGCCACCGAAUGUUCUGAUGCGAAAAUUUUUACCCCAAAACGAUAUCCUGGCGCACCCGAACGUGAGGGCGUUCAUCACCCAUGGCGGUAUGUUAAGCACACACGAGGCAACCUGGCACGGUGUCCCAAUGGUUGGCAUACCGUUCAUCUGCGAUCAGUACCGGAAUCUGCACAAAUCCGUCGGCGCUGGAGUGGCGAUACGUUUGACGCAUGAUUCUUUAUCGACAGCAGCAAUAAAAGGCGCCCUCAUGGAGGUGCUGCAUAAUCCUAGCUUCCGUGACAACAUGCGGCAGCGUUCUGCACUACUACGGGAUCAGCCAGAGCAUCCACUCGAGCGGGCCGUUUGGUGGAUCGAGUGGGCACUCCGUCAUCCGAACGUGAACGCCAUCCAGUCGCCAACGAAACGAUUAUCAUUCUGGCAGUACGAGCUGUACGACGUGAAGCUGACACUACUGAUGGUAGUCAUAAUCGGCGCUUAUCUACUGAAACACAUUAUCGUUAGCUAUGUCAUGCAACCGAAGGUGGCCCAACCCGGCGUGGCUGUCCUAUCGGUUUGUGUCAAUUUGAGCCAUAGUAUUAACAUUCUGUGCAUAAUGACCGUCCCAAGUCCUAGCCAUCAUAUUUGGAACCGUGUCAUUAUGGAAGAGCUAGUCUCGCGGGGACACAACUUGACCGUAGUCUCCCAGGAUGGUGAUAAAUCCCGCACCAAUCUUACCUACAUUAUGCUGGAGAAGGUGUACCCCGCCUUGUACGAAGAGGAUGGGUUGGAUUUAAUAGAAAUUGCGAAGGAAACACCGCUGCAAUCGUUGUUCACCUUCAAACAGUUUUACCUGGGCAUGUGCCGUGGUGCGCUGAAAUCGGACGGCCUGAAUGUGAUUCUUAACUAUCCAGAUAGCUUCCAGUUCGAUCUGGUACUGUACGACUUUGGAUGUGGUCCAUGUCUCCUGCCACUUUUGCACAAGUUCCGUUAUCCACCGUUGAUCAGCGUGACGCCAUUUGGCAAUCCUCCUUAUUCGGUCGACGUCGCCGGUGGUCACAAGCACUACGCCUAUGCGCCACACUAUGCCCUUCCCUUCGGUGUUCAGAUGACAUUCAUCGAAAGGGCUUACAAUACAAUUUUAAAUCUGUUGGAUGCUGGAUUUAGAAAGUUUGACACCAUGCCCCAACUGGAUAGGAUGGUGCAAGAUCAUUUCAAGUAUACUGAUCUGCCUUCCCUGGAGGAUAUCGAGCAACGAACGGUUGUUAUGCUGCUGAACACUCAUCCAACGAUCGAUUCCCCGGAACCGUUGCCACCAAAUGUGAUACCUGUUGGAGGGGCACACAUCAGGGAACCAGCACCCUUGCCAGGGGAUUUGGAAAAGUUUAUGGUAAGCGCCAAAAAAGGUGCCGUUUUAUUUUCCCUCGGAUCGAACGUACGCUCUGAUAUGAUCGGAGAGGAACGGCAGCGCAUGUUUAUCGAGGCAUUCCGACAGAUGCCGGAAUAUAAUUUUCUGUGGAAAUUUGAAUCGGAUCUUAAAAUUCCGCUUCCACCGAACGUUAUCAUCAGGCCGUGGCUACCUCAGAAUUCUAUCCUGAACCAUCCAAACAUUAAAGGGUUCAUAACGCAUUCCGGAGGAUUAAGUACACAAGAAGCGUCCUGGUUCGGUGUGCCAUUGAUAGGAAUGCCUUUCUUCGUCGAUCAACAUCGGAAUCUCAAGCGAUCGCUGAUCGCUGGAGUUGCGGAGAAAUUAGAUUUCAGCUCUCUUUCCACACGUAAAAUAAAGGAAACAGUUUUGAAGGUACUGGAGACUCCUUCGUAUCGGGAGAACAUGCUGCGCCGUUCCAUCUACUUCCGCGAUCAGCCAGAUAAACCGCUGGAUCGUGCAGUAUGGUGGAUCGAAUUUGUCGCCCGUCAUCCAGCGCCUGAGCAUCUUCGAUCACCGACUCUUGAGUUGGGUACCAUAAGAUCCAAUCUGUUGGAUGUGUACGCCUUCUUUGCCGGUAUAUCCAUCUUCACGGUUUGGCUCAUUAUGUUUGCCAUUAGGAGCGUAAUUUGCCGCAAGCGAUCAGCGUCGAAGAAAAAGCACGAAUAA